UAUUACAGUAUAACAGGUCCCUCAAUUUCAGGGUCAACAGGUGCAUUUCUUCCCAUCAUGCAAAGGAACCACUUAUUGAGCAUGCGCAUCCGUUUUUGUAAAAAAGAACGAUGAGUUCGAGAAAAGUAAUGGCGAUCCAAGCGCGGAAAAAGCGGGGAAAGAAAAAGAAACAGCCAGUCGAUGAUAGGAAAAAAUCCGGUCAUUCAUCCGCUGGAAAUCGGUCUAGUGGAGGAUCACGUAGGGAGGACACAAGACGUGAUGAAGAUGACGAGGAGGAUGAGGAAGAGGAGAUUCUUGGCUCAGAUGAUGAUGAACAGGAAGACCCACAGGAUUAUACCAAAGGGGGCUACCAUCCAGUUAAGAUUGGAGACCUGUUCAACCAGAGGUAUCACGUGGUACGUAAGCUAGGCUGGGGACAUUUCUCAACUGUUUGGCUCUGCUGGGAUCUCAAAGAAAGGCGUUUCGUGGCACUAAAGGUUGUCAAAAGUGCCGAGCAUUACACUGAAACUGCACUGGAUGAAAUAAAAUUACUCAAGUGUGUACGAGAUAGUGACGUGUUAGACCCUUAUAGGGAGAAAACUGUGCAACUUCUAGAUGACUUCAAGAUCUCCGGCGUUAAUGGAACCCAUGUGUGCAUGGUGUUUGAGGUACUAGGACAUAACCUACUUAAGCUCAUAAUUCGCUCCAACUAUCAAGGUGUCCCUAUUGCAAAUGUCAAAACUAUUAUAAGACAGACGUUAGAAGGACUACACUACUUGCACACUAAGUGUAAGAUCAUCCAUACUGAUAUCAAGCCUGAGAAUAUCCUCAUCUGUGUUGAUGAGAAUCAUGUCAGGAAGCUUGCUGCUGAUGCUGUUGAGUGGCAGAAACUGGGCACAAAGAUGCCAGGAUCAGCAAUGAGUACAGCACCAAAGGAGAAACCUGCAGAUCCUACAAAGAUGUCAAAGAACAAGAAAAAGAAGCUUAAGAAGAAGCAGAAGAAACAGGCAGAGUUGCUGGAGAAGCAGCAGCAGCAAUUGGAGGAAUGCGAGAGAGAGGGCAGGCCGGUAAGCCCAGAGGGCGCCACUGAGGCCCAUGCAUGUAGUGACGCUUCCAAUCUUGCAUGUCAUACACCCUCGUUACUACCAGCCACAAGUGAGACUAGCCUAGCUAGCCUGACAAGCAUGACUGACCUUCGAGAUGCCUCAGAACGUAAUGGUACCAUGGAGCACAAUGGAAUCCCCGAGGAGGCAAAUGAAACUGAGGCUGAAUGCAACAAAAUGGCGGAAACCCCGUCGAGUAAUACUGACUUACGGGUAGAAAAUAAUGACGGACAGAGUAAUGAUGUUGACCAAGAGCUGUCAGAAAUACAAAACAACUUGGACAAACUUCCAGAGAAACUUUCUGAAAAUCCUGACCUGCUCACCCCUAAUAUCACAGAUAUAGACUCGGCCCAAGAGUCUAAAGACACUGUGGAAUCUACUCCUCAUGGGGGUGACAGGUUACAGGAUGAGUCCAACCUGGAAUGUACUGUUAAUAGAGACAAUAAUGCCGAAAGUGAAAAUGCCAAAAUGGAUGACAACCAAAAUACAAGAGAUAGCCCAAAUACUGAAAGAUUAUCAAAUGGCAAAGUCAAAGUGGAUGAUAACGAUCAAAUAGCUGAUCAAGAAUUAUUUAAUAGAAAUGAAAAUCAUGCCAUUACAAACUCUGACACAGCCAUGUGUAACGGGCAUACUGGUGAUGAAUCUCCCAUAGAAAACAAGGAGGAUAAUCUAAUCAACCAUGUGACACAGCAGGAGCUUAACCAUGUCACCCCCAAAGAGGAGGUCCCUACUCACCUCACCCCUGAGGUGCAUGAACCUUCACCAGAGGAAGAUGAGUUCCAUGAAGCCCCUGAGCACCAAGACCCCCAAGAUGGUAAUGUAGAUACUGAGAAUUCCAAGGCUGGUGUAGUCAUAGGGGGCAAGAGUAAGAAGCGAGAUAACUCUGACAGGAGUGGAGAUAGCAACAGUGUAGAUAUGCAGUCAGUUGGAAGCAACAAUUCCUCAGGAACAAGCACAAGUCGUCCUCUGAUAGGCGAGAACAAGCCAGACCCCACUAAGGAGGUGUGUGAAAUCAAUGUGAAGAUAGCUGACUUGGGAAAUGCUUGCUGGACAUACCAUCAUUUUACUGAAGACAUUCAGACACGCCAGUAUCGCUCUCUAGAGGUCCUCAUAGGUUCAGGUUAUGGUCCGCCCGCUGAUAUUUGGAGUACAGCAGCCAUGGCAUUUGAGCUUGCUACCGGAGAAUAUCUAUUUGAGCCUCACUCCAGUGAAGAUUACACUCGGGACGAGGACCAUCUGGCACACUUCAUCGAACUUCUAGGACCCAUACCCAAACACAUAGCUCUCAGUGGCAAAUAUUCUAGAGAAUUCUUUAACAAAAGAGGGGAACUGAGGCACAUACACAAGCUGAAGCCAUGGAAUCUAUUUGAUGUUCUAGUAGAGAAAUAUGAAUGGGAGCCUGAAAAAGCUAUCAUGUUCCAGAGUUUUCUCGAGCCAAUGAUGGAUUACGAUAUAAACAGACGAGCCACGGCUGAGGAAUGUCUUCGUCAUCCAUGGCUCAAUUCAUAAUGUCACGCCUGUCACAUUCUGGUCACACCUGUCACAUCCAGGUCAUUCUUGUGACAUCAUUUGUCACACCUGUGACUCCAUUCAUCAUGCUGGUGACUGCAUAUAUGUCACACUUGGCUCAACUUAUAGUGUCACACUUGUGUUUUGGGAGCUCUAUAUGUUUGUAUGUGGAACUUAGGUCUACUGAUACUCUCUGGACACACAGGUGAAUUAAUACUUAUUAACCUGCAUGCAGACUGGAGGAACUACUCUUAUGAAGAAUUCUAUAUGUUCAUCGAUAUUAAAGGAAGAUUAAGAGUUUGAAAUUUGAAUAUUCAGCUAGUGAUCUGCUUCCAAGACAAUAACUUGCAGCAUUUCAAGGAUUAUUUAGAAGAUUUCUUGAAAGGAUGUUAGAUGUAAUAAGCUAAUAAUAAAACUGUAGCAUGGUAUCACAUGAAUUAGAAAUAAUGCAUGUGUAAAAAUUCAUGUAUAUGAUCUGUAUGAUAUAAAGUGAAGUGAGCGUUGAUUCUUAGCUUUUGGAUAAAGAAUUAAUAAUAUUGGAACAUAGCAUGACAUGUUUUGUUUUAUCAUCUCUUAUCAUACUCUUCAUCAUAUUCAUACUUUUUCAUUAACCUGCAAAUGUCAGAAUUUGUUGGGAAAUCACAAUUGUAAAGGCUGGCAAUAGGCACCCUGUAACAAUAUAACAUUGUUUUGCAAAACACAAUGCUAUGCCAAAAUCCCAGUCACAUCAAGAUGAAUAGAUUUUGCUGAAUUGCUUUAUUGGACAAAAUAUAUUAAUACUAAAUAUAAUCCUUAUAUCCCCAUUGGGGUGGAAAAUAUCAGCCCUUAGCGCAGGAUUUCAAAUCUUUCGAUUUUUAGCAUCUUUUGAAAUUGACAUUAUGUCUUCUUUUAAUUCUGUGAUUACGGCAUCUCUUCAAUCUCUUGAUACUUUGAUUGUGAUUAUGGUCUCAAUCAAUAUUGUGAUCAUGGCAUCUUUUGGCACUAUGAUUAUGGCAUCUCUUGAAAUUGUAAUUAUGGCAUGGCAUUGCUUUGAUAAUGGCAUCUAUUCAUUGAGGCAGGGUAUAGUU